AUGGCUAUGGGCGGCGCGGAACAGCCGGCGUUGAUGCUGGCAACGUGCGACAUCGAUGUCAUGCGCGGGCCGACACAGUUUGUCUACCUGGUGGAGAACGUGAUCUCGAUGGAUGUUCUAGAUGGCGUAUGGGUGCUAGACAUCGGCGCUAGUAACCACAUGACUGGAACACGGUUGGCGCUGACAUAG